AUGCUGGUCCUCAUCCUGACAACGGAGGCGACGUAUGGCGAGUUUCCGGAGCCCGGCGCCGUCGUACUGCCUGAUCCGGCAAUUUUCAGCCGAGGCAACACGUUCCGUGGGGCUGCCGAGCUGCAUUCGACGAAUGCGCAUUAUUACGUCAGCAUGAAAAUCAUCCAGCGAUGCCCGGAUGGACGAUACGGGUAUCUGUGCCAGACCCUCUGCCCGUGUGCGGCUAACUGGCCGUGUUCCGUCGAAUUCGGCGUGUGCGUGCCGCAUCCCACCCCGAACGCCAUCAAGCCGGAAAACGGGUGGCUCUUUCUGUUGCUCGGGCUGGCCGCCGUCUGCUGCUUCUGCGCGGUGAUCAUGGGCGUCUUCGGCGUUAUGGUCAAGAUCUUGAAAAAGAAGCGUGCCCACCGCUCGCGCCACCAUGACAGCCCUUCGACCGAAGAUGAGAGCAAGGAGCAUCGAUCGAAGAAGCACAAGAAGCACAAGCGGAAGCGAAGGGAUCCCACUGUCUCUGAAGAGACCGGCGGAACCACCGAGGAUAUUGCA